CGGGAAAUAAAUCGGAGCAAACAAGGUUUUGGAUGUCGAAAUCGGCUGCCUCCCUCCCACUCAGGAAGAGAGCUAUUUCCAAUCUGAUACACCGGACAUGUAGGCAGACUGCUAGAGUUCCUUUAUGGACUAAAACAACAGUAAGUUUGAGUGGACCUUUCCAGGAUCUCCCAAACCCCAGGACAGCAUCUCCCCAAUCCAUGGUAAGUACAGGCUGCUGUUCCUUCUCGGCGUUCUAUAUCAUAUUAUAAUGUGUCAGUGUGUGGAUAUAUACAGGCUGCUGAGCCUUCUCGGCGUGCUAUAUCUUAUUAUAAUGUGUCAGUGUGUGGAUAUAUACAGACUGCUGAGCCUUUUCGGCGUUCUAUACCAUAUUAUAAUGUGUCAGUGUGGGGAUAUAUACAGACUGCUGAGCCUUUUCGGCGUUCUAUACCAUAUUAUUAUAAUGUGUCAGUGUGUGUGGAUAUAUACAGGCUGCUGAGCCUUCUCGGCGUUCUAUACCAUAUUAUUAUAAUGUGUCAGUGUGUGUGUGUGUGUGUGUGUGUGUGGAUAUAUACAGGCUGCUGAGCCUUCUCUGCGUUCUAUACCAUAUUAUUAUUAUAAUGUGUCUGUGUGUGUGUGUGUGGAUAUAUACAGGCUGCUGAGCCUUCUCGGCGUUCUAUACCAUAUUAUAAAGUGUCAGUGUGGGGAUAUAUACAGACUGCUGAGCCUUCUCGGCGUUCUAUAUCUUAUUAUAAUAUGUCAGUGUGUGUGGAUAUAUACAGGCUGCUGAGCCUUCUCGGCGUUCUAUACCAUAUUAUUAUAAUGUGUCAGUGUGUGUGUGUGUGUGUGUGUGUGUGGAUAUAUACAGGCUGCUGAGCCUUCUCGGCGUUCUAUAUUAUUAUUAUUAUUAUGUGUCGGUGUGUGUGUGGAUAUAUACAGGCUGCUGAGCCUUCUCUGCGUUCUAUACCAUAAUAUUAUUAUUAUUAUUAUUAUUAUUAUUAUUAUUAUUAUUAUUGAGUGAGUGUGUGGGGAUAUAUACAGACUGCUGUUCCUUCUCGGCGGUCUAUACCAUAUUAUUAUAAUAUGUCAGUGUGUGUGGAUAUAUACAGGCUGCUGAGCCUUCUCAGCGGUCUAUACCAUAUUAUUAUAAUAUGUCAGUGUGUGUGGAUAUAUACAGGCUGCUGAGCCUUCUCUGCGUUCUAUACAUUAUUAUUAUUAUUAUUAUUAUUAUUAUUAUUAUUAUUAUUAUUAUUAGGGGAUAUAUACAGACUGCUGUUCCUUCUCGGCGUUCUAUACCAUAUUAUAAUGUGUCAGUGUGUGGGGAUAUAUACAGGCUGCUGAGCCUUCUCGGCGUUCUAUACCAUAUUAUUAUAAUGUGUCAGUGUGUGUGUGUGGAUAUAUACAGGCUGCUGAGCCUUCUCGGCGUUCUAUACCAUAUUAUUAUAAUGUGUCAGUGUGUGUGUGGAUAUAUACAAGUUGCAGAUUCAUACUAUUGCUGCAGAGAAUUCACCAGACACAACAGCUACCCAGGUAACUUCAAACAUGGCCUUUUUAGAUUCAUGCCACUAACAGAGAAAACAAUCUGACACUCGCAUAGUUAAAAUCCAUGUGCUGUAGAUAAUGUCUCCCUAGGAUAUAUUGUAUGUUUCCUGUCUAGGCUUGCCUUUUCACAAAGCCCAGCGCCCCCAGCAGCGUGUACAAACCGCAUUGAUUCAUAAUAACCUUAUAUGACACUUGGUAUAUAGGAUCUGCAACCUGUGUGUAUGUGUGUAUAUAUACAUACAUAUAUACACUCUGAUAACAUUAUACAGCACAUAGCUUAAAGGAUCUACAGCACAUUGUGUGUGUGUGUGCUGUAGUUUAAAGGAUCUAUCCUCACACUGAUACAUUUGUAUCAGGUAAAUAGCAACCAGACGGGCAGUGAGCAUUAGUCAUAGCAAAAAGGAGAGCACAGCAGUUGUUUUUUGCACUAUAAGACUAAUGUUGUAUAUGGAGUGUCUGCUUGCACAUGGUUCUUCUAAGGUUGCCAGAUCGACUGUAUUCAAAUGGACUAAAAGUAAACGUUGAGGCGGGAAAUCCAGUAAUUAAUUAAUCAACCCUGCAGCAUAUGAAUUCUACCUACCGCAGGGCAGUGGUGUGUGUGUGUGUGUGUGUGUGUGUGUGUGUGUGUGUGUGUGUGUGUGUGUGUGUGUGUUUUCUUACGUUGCCCGUUGCAUGAAGUUAUAUGGUGUCCGGAGAAUUAUGGUGUUUCUGUCAGCCUGUAAUGUAUUAAGUAUUUGAAUCAGAUUUCUACCAUCUGUACAUAAACAUAGGAUAUAGGAGAAUGGGGAUCAUGCAUAAUACAAUUUCUGGGACAAAGUUCUAACAAUCACCAUGGACACCAAUGGUUUGUUCCAACUGUUUGCUCUAUUUUUUAAAACGUUGUUAUACAUAUCAUCCUAAAUAUCCUGUGGGAUAUACAAUAUUUCUAUGUAGAUCAUGGAAAUUGUAAUUGUGGGAUUCGAAAUGACCCAUUGUCUGCUUUUGAGAUUCUAGUUUUUUGUUUUGGAAUGCUGCUGUUAUUGAGGUGACAUAAGCAGAUUUAAAGCAGUAUAAUAUUAAUUUCUGCAUUUAGCACUUAAGAUACACACUUGUUCCGGUCCAGAACUUACCCGUUAUCAUUUUGCAUAUGAGGUACAGCGUUAUUCACUAAACUCUGAAUUGUAGUGUAUUAACAUUUCAAUAUGUUGGCAGAAAUGGAAAGGUUCUCCAACUCCACUUCAGUCACAGUUGGGUUUUUUUUAUUUUUUUUUUAUUAAGCCUCAUCUUUAAUUUGCUUCAGUUUGGAAUUAAAUGAAUAAGCCUGUUACAAAUGGUCUCACCAAUAGUCUACGAAGUGUUAAUUGAAUAUGAGCCAAAUGCACCAAGGCAUAGCGUGUUUUUUCCUGGACAAAGUGCUGCAUGUCAAGACUUUCUACUGGUGAUAGCCCCUUAAUUAGCAUUUUACCCCACGUGUGUGUAUGACUGCAAACAGGCAAUGCGGCCAGUGACACUUUAAUUGCCAAAUGUGUGUGUGUGUGUGUGUGUAUAUGUAUACACACUUUUCACUGGAUUUGAUCUUCUAUACAGACAAUGUUGCAAAAUAAGCUUCUGCCAUUACAGAAGUGGCUUAGAAGACUGCUGAGGUAUCACUUUUAUAUCCAAACUGUAGUGAACUAAAAUGCAAAUGGUAAAAAUUGCCAACACAUGACUGUAGCUAAAUUUUUUUUCUUAAUUUGGACUUUUUUAUUUUUUUUAUAUUUUUUUUUUAUUUUUUGUGAUCUGAUUAUAAUUUUGGACUAUAUUGAGGUUAUUGCUGUCUGGCACUGGUGCAAUUUAUGUUGCUCAGAUACACUGUUAAGCCGUUACAUUAAAACCACUGACAGAUGAAGUGAAUAACAUUGGAUUUUAUAUAGUUACAGUGGGAUAUAUUAGGCAGUAAGUGAACAGUCUGUAUAGUGUAAGGUUUUUUUCACUAUGCAUCUAACAGUGGAAGGCUGACCAUUUUUAUCCUGGCAGGCAAAUGCAAAUGAAUGGGUUUUUUUGCACAUGAAACUCACAGUUCAUUGUGUGGAUGACUCUAUUCACAUACAGCACGAUAUAUAUGGGUUUGACAGAUGAAGGAUGCUGGAGAUAGGACUUAUUGCCAUUUAUAUAGCGCCAACAGAUUCCGUAGUGCUUUACAAUAUUAUAAAGGGGGAUUUAACUGUAAAUAGGACAAUUACCAAAUUUACCAAGAAAACUUACAGGAACAAUAGGUUGAAGAGGACCCUGUUCAAACGAACUUAGUCUAUAGGAGGUGGGGUGUAAAACAAAUUGGGACAGGAAAUAGCAAACAAAUAAAGUGGGAGAGAAGCAGAGCUGGAGGAGAGAGCAAGAGACAGGUGUGUAAGGUAGAGGUUACUCUGGGAGGCCAUAACCUUUCCUAAAGAGAUGGGUUUUAAGGCUCUUCUUAAAGGAUUGAAGACUAGGGGAGAGUCUGAUGAGGCAGUGGGGGAUCUGGGGGGGGAGGGGCACAACGGGGCAAUUGGGCCCUCCCCCACCCCAGAUUCUCCCUUGCCAGCUAAUGCAGGGCAUGCAUUGUCCAAGUGCCUGUGGACCAGGGAGGGAGAUCAGAGAUCUCCCUCCCCGGUCCGCAGGCACUGUUCUGGCUGCAGGGGAGGGAGAGAGGACCUGGGAGCUCAGCCUGCAGGUCCUACUCUCGCGAGCACGGAGUGUUGCCGCGGAUACUAUGGCAACGCUCCAAAUCUCGUGAGAGUGAACUCUAGCCCUGGAGCUAAGGGCUAGAAUUCACUCUUACCACUGGAACCACCAGGGAUUCCCUACCGGACCACCAGGGAUGGAGAAAUGUCCCCCCUCCUCCCAGUAAAGGUAAGGGAGGGGGGACAUGUAUUUAUUUUAUUUAAAAAAAAAUUAAUAAAAGGCCCCCCCACACACACACACUGCCACCCAUACACACACUGCACACCCAUACAUGCACUGCCCCACAAACAUUGCCACACACUGCACACCCAUAGACACAUUGCCUCCCCCCAUAUACACAACCCCCCAUACACACAGUGCCCCCAAACACACAUACUUUGCACCGCUUACACACACACACACACACACACACACUGUAAUCCUGACAUACACUGCCACACUCACACACUGCACCUUUCACACACUUCACCCCUCACACAUACCACUGCUCCUAUGCGCUAUAUCCCAGCAGAUCCCAGGUAAGUUGUCAAACUGUUCUUAAACGGUUUGACUACUUACUCUGGGAUGGGAUCCUGGCACUACUGACACCAUAACUACUACACUGAGCUGUAGUGGUUAUUGUGCCUGGAUUAUUUCUUUAAAUAAUCUACAAGUGCCCCUCCUGAGAUCAGGCUCUGGAUCCGCCACUGUGAUGAGGGUAGGCAGGUUAUUCCAUAGGAAGAGAGCCACCUGCAAGAGGUCCUGCAAGUGUGAGUUGGCCGUAUGGGUGUGAGUAGCGGACAGGAGAAGGUCACAGGCAGAGCGGAGGGACAGAGGAGGGGCAUACCUAUGGAUCUGUGAGGAGAUAUGAGGGGCUAGAACUGUUCAGUGCUUUAUAGGUAUGGGUUAGCACUUUGAAUUGACUCCUGCAGGAUACAGGAAGCCAAUAUAAGGACUGACUGAGGUGUGAGAGGACCGACUAGAGGAAAAUAAGUCUGGCGGUGGCAUUCAUUACAAAGUGUAGCGGGGCAAUACAGCUUUUGGGAAGACUAAUCAGGAGAGGGUUACAAUAAUCCAUGCGGGAAUUUACUAGAGCAUGGACAAGCUCCUUGGUUGCCUCUUUUGUAAGAAAGGGGCGGAUGCGGGCUAUGUUUUUAAGUUGGAACCUACAGGAUUUGGCAACAAACUGGAUGUGAGACUCAAAGGUGAGGCCAGAAACAAGUAUGACGCCAAGACAGCGUGCUUGCAAAGAUGGACCUAUGUGGAUACCACUGACUUGAAGGGAAAGAGGAAGAUCAGUAUUAGGAGGAGGAAAGACAAGGAGUUCAGUUUUAGAGAGAGAGUUUCAGAAAGCGGGAGAACAUCCAGUCAGAGAUGGAAGAAAGGCAGCAGUGUUGAUAUUUGAAUGCAGGAGCUUAUUUGUGUGAAUUGUUGGAGUUGGAAUGCUGAGGUGUGUGUGUGUGUGUGUGUGUAUCUGAGAGUCUGCACCUGUGUAUGUGUGACACAUACAGGUGCAAACUCAGAUAAACUAAUACAGAUACACAGACACCCACAUUGACAUAAAGAUACACACUAACACACACAAAGAUACACACGCAUACUGAUAUACAGACUCUAUCUAACAUGCUUCCAUGCAUUUUAAGUGCAGGAGGGUGGCUUCCCUGGUAUCAAGUGGCAUCUGACUGAGUGUGAUGGGAGCCUGGCUCUCUCCUCAGGUCCUACCUAUUAAUCCACCUCCUCUCUCUCGGUUUGUUGGUAAGCAGGGAGGGAGAACCUUCCUGCGUCGCGGCAUUACACAGUGCAGGGGCCCAGUCACGCUGAUAAGUGGCCACGGUGCUUUACCGGGCCUCUGAUCAUUGAAACAUUUACUCUUCAAUAGCGGGCGGCACAUGUGUGAUGUCGAUGUUGCACGCCAAUGCGCACAGGACUGAAAUACUCCUCUGUUCUAGUAAGCAGUGUCGGGCCCUGAGGUAGGUGCGGUUUGCACACGUUGGACUCUAGGUCAGCGCAAAUUUUGUUGUGUGUGACUGUGCCACAGACACAAAGUGGCUGGGUGGCGGGCACCCUACAUCGCCCGGGCCCUCGGACUAUGUCCGAAGUGCCCGACCGCUCAGUCUGCCCCUGCAAAGAUUCUGAAAGUGACAGAGCAGUUAAAAAUAAACAAAAAAAAAACAAUACACCCCAAAUGGUUGUUUACAUAACCUUCAAUUGCGUCCAUUUGUUUUCAAGGGCUAUUUAUAUUCUGACGUGGAUUGUAUAUCUUUGGUCCUUAAGGAGUUGCAUAAACUGCCAGAAGAACAUUGUAAAGCACUUUUUUUUUUUUUUUUAUUUCAUGCCUUAAUGUGAGUGUAUCCUUUGUAAAUUCUACGUUCAUGUGUAGUACAAGAGAAGGAUUCACUGGUGUCUGUUUUCCUCAUGUUGUGAGAUUUCUGAUUAAGUUCCUAAUUAGAUGCAAAUGAGGAUACUGUGGAUUUAGUGAAGUAAAUUGUUAGCAAGUAUUGCAUCUAGCAGUCAUGUGUUUUAUUGAAGUUCUUUUUUUAAAGAACAAUUCUAAGGGAUUCUCCAGUGCCAGGAAACAUAUUUAGUUUUCCUGGCACUGCAGGACCCUCUAGUGCCCCUCUCCCUCCCACCCCCCCCAUCCCAAGUUGCUGAAGGGGUUUAAACCCCUUCAGUGACUUACCGGAGUCCAGCGCUGAUGUCCCUCGGUGCUGGGUCAGGCUCCGCUUUCUCUCCUCCCCCACCGACGUCAGCCGGCGGGGGAGACCUAAUGCAAUGGCUGUGCAAAAAGCAUUAGAUUGGACCUCCCAUUGGGAAAGCAUUGAAUAAAGCUUUCAAUGCUUUUUCUAUGGGGAUUUCCUCGAUGCGGGAGGUCCUCACAGCGUGAGGACGUCCAGCGUUGUUUUAAAACACUUCAUGUUCUAUGAACAUGGAAGUGUCCUCUAGUAGACAGCCACUAGAGGAGGACUUAACUCUGCAAUGUAAAUAUUGCAGUUUAUGAAAACUGCAAUAGUUACACUUGCAGCGUUAAGGGUAGUGGGAGUUGGCACCCAGACCACUCCAAUGGGCAGAAGUGGUCUGGGUGCCUGGAGUGUCCCUUUUUAAAGUUCUAAAGGGAGUGAUUUAACAAGAAUUUUCAUUUGGGGACAAUUCCACAAAUCUUCCAUGUAAUUCUUGUGAGGAAAUAAUCCCCUAUUGUGUGAUGAAUUUAAGUAUAGUUUCCAUGUGCUACUGUGUAGUUGUUCUACAGGAAUGCUAGUGUUUUAGACAAUGUUGCUAGGUCAAGGUACAAUAAUGUGUUGUGGUCUAUUUAUGGAAAGUUUUCAAGCUAACUCAUUCUAAAUUUUUUUUUUUUUUUUUUUUAGUUAAGAUAAAUGUUGAAACAUGAAGCAGGGCAUGACUAUGCAAUUUAUUAAAGAGUUAUUUCAACCUCCAAGAUCACUUCUGCUUGAAAUGAUGCACAUCCAGAGAUUUUAUUUAUUUUUUUUAAAUGAUUUAUUCCGACCCUCUCUCCGUCCUGUUACUGGCUCAGACCAUGCUUAUGCAAUCUGAGCCAGCGAAAUGGUCUAAUCAAAUGAUUCUCUAUUAGAAGCAUGUGAGUGGACCACUUAGAGGAAGAGAGUGACUCAGUGUGCCAUUGGGUCAGGGCAUAGAAGAUCCUUGUUGGGUGCUGGAUUCCAAAUGUUAUCCAAAUUUUUUUUUUUUUUUUUUUUUACUUAUUGCGGGCUAUUAACUAGUACCUCAUAAGACACUAUAAAGAAAAAAAUUAAGGAAAUCCUUUAAGACCUGGAACUUUGUAGUUGUUUAAUUGUUCUAGCUUUUUACUGUAGGCAUGGUCUUGCAAGGUUAGGGUGAAUACCAAAGCAAAAUGGAAAGUGGGUUGACAUUGAUUCUUCUGUGGGUUGACAGAAUAGUCUGCUACUAUUUCUAAUCACAGUUAUUCUUUUAAUAAAAAAGGCUCUUGAAUAUUGCUAAUCCACCAGAAUGUGAGGUAUGAGUAGCGUGUAGCAUUCUAUUGCUCCAUAAACAGAACAAGGUUCUUCUCUCUAAUACAGUUUCCAAAAUGCCCAGGGAAAAACAAAGGUGGUUAGAGAAACAUUUCAUUUUAAUAUUUUAUAAAAAAAGCUGUUUCACAGAUUUUUGCCAUUUUCUUUUAUUCCAUUACGAUAUUGAUUGUAAUGCUUUAUUAUUUGCAAAAUCAGUAAAUAUUAACACUCCUGUCACACCUUGGUUGUUCUACAUUUUAUGUUGGUCUAAAAUUGAGGAUUCCUAGAAUAUCAAAGAGACAGUAACACUGUAAACUUUAACUUAUUACUUAAAGGGACACUAUAGUCACCAGAGAAAAUGCAGUGUUUACAUUACAGCCUAGUGAUAACUUCACUGGCCACUCCUUAGAUGGCUGUUAGAGAUCCUUCCUGGGUCAUGGCUGCCUAAAAUGCAUCCAAUCAUUCAGCGUCUCCUCCCUCUGUAUGCAGACAUUGAACUUUCCUCAUAGAGAUUCAUUGAUUCAAUUCAUUUCUAUGAGGAGAUGCUGAUUGGCCAGUGAUGUGUUUGAAUCAUGCUGGCUCUGCCCCUGAUCUGCCUCCUUGUCACUCUCAGCCAAUCCUACGGAGAAGCACUGUGAUUGGUUCAUCUUGCUUUUCUGAGGCAAACCACAUGCAGAGCUACAGCUUCAGGCUUGAAUGCAAGUAAGAUUUUGCUAUAUUUAUGGAGGCAUGAGGGGCCCAGGGCGCUAGAUGGUGGUGUUAACACUAUAGGGUCAGGAAUACAUGUUUGUGUUCCUGACACUAUUGUGUUCCUUUACAGAAACUCCAGAAAAGAGCUGAACCAUGUGUUAGUCAGUUGGUGCAUAAUAUCAUAUUAAACACAUACAAUUUUUUUUUUAACCCCUUAAGGCAGUGGCGUACAUACCGGGGUCGCGACCGGGCCCGGCCCACCAGGGGGCCCGGCCGCCCCUGCGACCCGGUAUGUACCCACAGGGCCAGCCUCUUCCCCUGGGGGGCCCUGGAGCCGACCACCCCAGGCCCCCCCGAGGCUGGCCCUGCUGACCCCCGGAAGGCGGGUGGCCGGUCGGGCAGGCGGGCGCGAGGGAGCACUCAGUGCCUCCUCUUCAGCUCCCUCGCGCACCGCACUGAUGCCGGAGCCGGAAGAUGAUGUCAUCUUCCGGCGCCGGCAUCCCUACGCGGCGCGCGAGGGAGCUGAAGAGGAAGCAGUGAGUGCUCCCUCGUGCGCCAUCCUGCCCGGCCACCCGCCCGCUGGGGUCAGCAGCACCACUGGACCCCAGGGAAUCCCCCCAGCACUCCAAAAGGUAAGGAGGCUGGGGGGGAUUAAAUUUGAAAAAAAUUAAAUUUUUGCACCGGGGCCCCAUGGGUCAUGUGUACGCCACUGCCUUAAGGACCAAACUUCUGGAAUAAAAUGGAAUCAUGACAUGUCAUGUGUCCUUAAGGGGUUAAGUGGGAGUAGAUUUCAUCCACCCCAUAUGCUUUGUGCGGAGAAAAACCGUUAGUCAUUCUUGUUCCAUACCUUAUGCUAGACACAAGUUGUGUUGCUUGGAGUGUUGUCAUUUCUGUUGUAUAAUAGAAUUUGAGCCUGCGGAGAGCAAUGUUCUAUUAAAAAAGAAGAAAGGGGGGAAAAAAAACCAUACAUACAAUUACUUUCCCCUACUUGCAAAAGGAAUUCCCCAUAAGAUGUAUUGCAAUAAUGUUAUUUGUUACGGUUUAAAUCUGAUUUCAAAAUAUACAGAACUUGAUAUACAUUUAAAGGGACACUAUAGUCACCGCACAACUACAGCUUAAUGUAGUGGUUCUGGUGUCUAUAGCAUGUCUCUGCAGGCUUUUUAAUGUAAAAAGAAAAAAUGCAUUGUUUAGUAACACAUUUAGUGGCAGUCACUCGCUUUAAGCAUCUCCAUGCUCUGCAUGUAGACAUUUAAUUUUCCCAUAAAUUGGUGCAGCUUGGCAUUUUGCCACGCACGCGCAAUAGCCUCGUAUUGGUUGAGAUCAUCAAGUUUAGUGAUCUCUGCCAUGGAGGCGGGGUCAGCCACAGCAAGACCGGCGCUGAGAAAAGGUAGGUUUAAACACUUUUUCACUGCUCUGACUGGGGGGCCAGGGACCUACGUAGUGAGUUUACCACUUUUUUUUUUUUUUUUUUUAUAAAUGAAACAAUGCUCCAUUACAAGGCAAUAAAAGAGUAAAAGGAUGAAUAUAGGAACAAGAGGUAACAAUAAUUGGGUCAGACUUGACUAAAUGUUGUUCAAGCUAACUUGCCAGCUGUUUGCUCUGUUUUUUCUGUGUGAAACUGCAACAGCAGUCAUGUUAGGUUGAGCAGUAGAGUCUGACCCUAGUAAACAUUCCUUAAAACUUUUAAAAAAUUACAUAAUUUCCUUUUUUUUUUUUAUUUAUUUUUUUACAUCACAGUUAAUAAAAAUGCUUUAAAAAUCUAACGUUUUCCUUUUAAAGGGAUACUAUACCUGUAUUCCUAACACUAUAGUUCCCUCUGACUCCCCUGGACAAUAAAGGGUUAAAAACGUACUCCAUUCCAAUAAAGCAUACUGGCCAAUAAAGAGUUUGAUCACAUACUCAAUUCCAGUGUCGAUGUCCUUUGGUGCUGGGUUGGUGCCCCGCCUCCUCCCUCAUCUAACAGGGUGGGGGAGGUAAUGCGCAAGUGAGGAACAUUAAGCCUUCCCCCCCCCCCCCCAAAAAAAAAAGCAUUAAAUCAAUGCUUUCCUAUGGGGAUUUAACCAACACUGCAUGUCUUCAUGAAGAGCAUGAGGCCACCCAGCAUCGUUUAGGUGACCUAAAGUCUGGUACAAUCACGGAAAUGCCUCUUGCCUGUCUGGUAGACAGUCACUAGAGGCUGUCUUAGUCCUGCAAUAUAAACAUUGCAGUUUCAACUGCAAUGAUUUACAUUGCAGGACUAGUGCAAUUAGGACAUUGUAUGCAGACCACUUUUGUGAGCUGCAGUGGUCUGGGUGCCUAUAAUGUCCCUUAAAGCUUCACCCACUGCCAAACAUUUCCAAAUCUCAUGCUUUCUAUAAGAACAAGUAGUUUCUACUUUUUGUUAUGUACAGCUACAGAUAAUUUUUUUUUUUUAUUUUAUUUUUUUUUGCUAUUUUUUUUAUGUAAUAAAAUCCAACAUAUCUACAAGAAGAAACGGGGACAAACAUGAUUAAUUUAAUGGAGCACUAUAUACUUUAUCUCAAUGGUCUGGGUGCCAUGUCCCCCCUGUUUAAACCCUGCGGCUGAGACCAUCUGAUUGGCUCAGUGCUGCUUUUUGUCAUGCAUUCAAACUGGCCUCAUACACAUUUGAAUUCCUAACCAUAUAGUGUUCCUUUUAAAAGGUAAAUCCUCAAAGAAUCAGCACCACUUUUAAAUACAAUUUUAGAUAAGUGUAUCUAUAUGCGCACAGUAGCCAAUAUUAUGUUUGGAAAAUGUGUUCCACUGCCAAUAAAUUGCAUGCUUUUUGUGUUAUUUUCUGUAGGUUAACAGAAUGCCAUUGACACUGUACACUUUCCUUCUAACCCUAACAUUUCUGGCGUCAAGCAAAUCCGUAGGUAAGAUGCUAAUUUUUAUUAUUGUUUUAUUUAAAAGAAGGUUAACCCCUCACAGAUAUUUACACUAUACAUUUAAGCAUUUUGAAUAGAAAAUUCUAUAAAAUGAACCUGAAAAUUGCGAUUUCAACUUCUAAAAUCAAUUUUUGUUUUAAUUCUGUCUAUCCAUAUAUAUCUAUAAAAUCAGUGUUUUGAGAUGCAAAAUCAAUAUGUAUGUGCUAUUUACAAACAGAUAUUAUCCAAUCAGUUGGAUUAAUUCAAUUUUCACUUAUCGGACGACACACAGUUCUGGGAGUCAACUGAUUUUUAUUCAGCCACAGCUGGCUUUUAUGCAACACCCCAUGCAAGGGGUUUCUUAAAUCAUAUUCCUGGGGCAUUUCCCAGAUGGACCUGAGAGGGGACAAGUAAACAGUUCAGACUCCUCCUCUGUGUCAAAAUAUCACUCAGAUCCGUUCGGUGGUUCGGGAACACCAUUUGAGUGAAAUUAUGACCGGACAGCCAUGAGGUGAAACCCCAAAACAGUUCCAGAGAAAUUAAGGCUCAAAUGGUCAUUUUUCUGAGGUUCUCACACGAAUGCCGACAAAGGUAUUCCCCCUGGCUGCUAGCACACGAAUGUUCCCCCUGUUGGAUAGUUUAGGUCUCCCGAACGCCGUUCCAGGUCGUCGAUGAGCAUGUACCACUGCCCACGUUCGAGAGACGAAAUGGCCGCUGCUUGUUUUGUACACAUGCGUUCGGUAAUAUGAACAGGGGCCACACAGGGGAAACUUUCUUUAACAAGCAAUUUGCGGUUAACAGUCAGUUGUUAAAAGAUGCAAACCCAUGUUUAUUCUGCUACAAUUGAUAUUAUUGCUAUUAAGAUAAAAAGCCACUGGCAGCAUUGUGUAACUAGUAGGCAAUGGUUUAAUAAACCGUUGCAAUGCCCAGUGGUUAGAUCCCUGCUAACCUGUAGGAAUCUAGUGCAUGGUGUCCUUAGCUCUUGCUGUGUAGUUUUUUUUUAGUUGAAGGAAACAAAAACAAACUGGGAACACGUAAAUGUAACCUAAUGUGCACUUUUUACAUGUAUGGGUGCUUUGAAUUUAGAAAGGGUAGAAGGAUUAAAAUGCAGUUUGGGCACUUUCAAAAGUCAUAUUUUUUUUUAUUUUUUUUUACAGAGGAUUGCAGACUUUGUUUCUUAAACAUUCAUCAUUCCUACUGUAGAAUCGUAUUAAUUAUGGCAGAUUGGGGUUACUAAUCUUUUUAUAAUGUGAUACUCACAUUUGGUAGUUUUAAAUUACCAUGAAAACACGUGACUUGGAAUGCCUCAGGGAUAAUUUUAUAUAAUUUUAUUUGUUUUGCCAGUUCUGGGCAGCGAUCCACAAAUCUGUACAGUCCUGACCCAUUUCCCGCAAUACUUUGGAAUGCAAUACCACAUCCUCUGAAGUUAGUUUUGAUGUUUGUGACUCCUUAGAAAUCAGAAACCUUUCAUGAUUUAUGUUUUUGUUGUAGGAUGUCUCAUUUGUUUAACAAUAGAGCAUUUAUUACAGUUUUAUCUACUUCUCCUGAAUUCUAUUUAUGAUGCGGACCAUUACAGCUGUAUGCUUACUUUAACCCCUUAAACAGAUUGCGAUGUCAGGGCAUGCUGUGCUUUGACUACUAUAGGAGGGUUUUAAUGCUGUUAGGGCAGCAUAGCAGCUCCCUAACGAUCUGGUCAUCCCUCCAGCCCGCUGGCCUACCCAGCCAAUGCCGGUGAUCCGAGACACGUGUUCAUGGUGAUAGCCUUUCACAGCAAUCAUUGUUACAAUGUUUCAGUCAAUGAUUUGUAACAUUGGCUGAGACAUUGUUUUCUGCUCUUCUCUUUCCACACUUUGAUCUGAGAUGGGAGGAACUGUGUCCCUUACUAUGUAAAAAAAAUAAAUUAAAUAAUAAGGAAGGGAUUUUUAAACCCUUUCUCUUGUGAUCAUUCUGAUAAGGGUAUUUAGUACAUUAGUACUAAUAUUUAUUAAAAGGUACACUUUUUUUUUUUUUUUUCUCUUGACCCUUUUUGUCAGCUAAAGUAAUUUUCAUAUUUUUGUUAACCUUCUCUGCUGCCUGAUCAUUGUAUUUUAAAUUCAGAAGAAGUACAGAGACUUUGUGUUUUGGCAAGCACGUUUCUUUCCGAAUCUCCCCCACACAUUGUAAAAAGUCACCCUAGAGCAGCGUUUCCCGAUUGGUGUUCCGUGCGAUUUUUGCCCAUCGGGUGGCCCAAUCAUUAGAGCCACCUGAUGGGUAUCGCUAAACAGGGGUCCAGUAUGGUGUAUAUGACAUUCACAGUUAAAAUGCCAUGCAGAACUUGAAAAAUAACAUUUUUAUUUCUCACAUGUUUUUAGAUUGUAGAGAUCAUUGAUACCGUGUCCCAUAUUAUAUUUCAUUUAUGUGAAAUUAUAGUCCCAUUUCUCCUGAACAAAAUUAUAUAUAAUAAGUGUAGGUACACUUAAUAUGAAAGAGGUAAAUAUAUAGCUCAAAUUCUAAUUUUUACACAUCCAGUGCAACAAAAGGAAAAAUAACUUAAAAUAGAUUCAUGUACCAGUCCUGAUUUGUUAAAUGCCUCAUAUCUAGGAUCUAAAUACAUUUAUUUUGGUAGUUAAUGCAAACUCUAUAGUUGUCCCCCAAAUAUACCAACAAAACACCUGACCCAAUGCUUACUUACUAUAACAGUAUACCUACCCCUAACCUUAACUCUACAUUAUCCCAAACUAUAUUAUUGCAUUAACCCUAACCCGGCAUUAAUCAUUCCCCUACCGCUAAUGAAACCAUCUGCUAUACUGAUCUAGUUAAAAUAGUGGAGUGUGGUCUGUGAUCACUAUCUACUGUCUGUUUUCAGCAUUACCAGGAGAUUUCCCUUUAAUACUGCAAACAAGCAUGCUUUCAUAGCCGAUUACACUUUGCCAGCUGAUCAGCACUGAUCACAAUUGACCCGAGGCAUCCAGAGAAACCAUUUUAGGGUCUGUUUGGACUCUGGGGUCUCCCUUAAGCACCUUCCAGUGAUUGUGCUCAUCUGCUCUGUUUUCAGUUGAUUUAAAGGGCUGUAUGCGGCGCUCAAUUUAAACAAUGCAUACAGAUUACAGAUCGUCAGUCAGUCUAGUCUAGGGCCACUAAAUGGGCCCCGCUUACAGAAUGUUUUUGAUUUUACACACACUGACUGAGAUAAUGUUCUUUUUGUUAACUUUCAAACACGUUUUAUUACAUAAUUCCUCUAUUUCAAACAGAGCCGAGUUGUUAGGUACUCAAGACAGUCAGGGGCCUGGAGUUCCAGCUCUGAGCAAAUCCUCCUCAAGCUGGCAGGGAGCUCAAAAGAUCUCUGCACAGUUCUACGCUCACUCACUUUAUUCCUAGAGCGUUGUGGUCGGUACCAAUAUCAGGUACAUACCACAUAAAGUGCACCCUCGCUGCUACCUCAGCGCUGGUCAAUGACUCAAAGCACCACAGCCAGCUGAUAUCAGUGCAGACUAUGAAGCAUCCCCACUGGACCACAAGGGAUCCAGCUCACCUUCCACUAGACCACCAAGGAUCCUUCUAACCCCCCACUGGACCACCUGGAAUUCAGCUAAGCUUGUUUUGGUGGUCAAAGUGACCACUUUUUUAAAAAUUUAAAAUACUUAGAUUGUUUUGCAGCUUAGUUACUGCACUGUGUUUAACAGAUAAACACAAAUUUAGCCCGGAAACAAGCAAGAUGAUUAAAUACAGAAUAUAACUAUUCAUUCCAUAAACAAAGUACAUUUCAGAAAUGUGGAGAUUAACCACAUGUGUUACCGCACAAGGCAAAGCCCUGCAGUUGAACUAUGUAGUCCUGAUGUGGUCAUUACGUUAUAAGCACUGACAUGCAACUGAUGUGCAUCUGUGAUAUACAGUGCCCUCCACUAAUAUUGGCAGCCUUGGUAAAUAUGAGCAAAAAAGGCUGUGAAAAUUAGCUUUUGUUAUCUAACCUUUUGCACUUUUGUUAAGAAAAAUACACAAAAACACCUAGUGGUUUUAAUAGGAACACAUAAAGUCAUACAUAUUACAAUGAGACCAUGUUCUACUUUAACCUAACUUUAUGAAGUAGCCAACAAUGUUGCUAUUAUUAAAUAUAGCCAUGUUUGGCAUCAUAACCAUCAUUUAAACAUGGAAAGAUUUUCCUUGCAGAACAUAUGUACAUACUGUAAAACAUUUUUAGAAACCGAUAUUUUUAUUAGAAUUUUUUUUUUUAAUUGAACACAUUUUUAUAAUAAAUAUUUUAAAAUAAAAAUAUAACCAUUAAGAUAUGGUGUAAAAUAAAGGGGGGAGGAGGGUGAUGCAAUAUUAAAGGCAGAGGGUUUCCAUCCAUAUGUGCAAAAGGUGAAAGUAUAAAAAAUUUACAUAAAUAAAAUUAGAGUAUAAUAAAAUACAAAAAAAUCAUAUUUUUUAUAUAAACAAUUGCUAUAAUAUUUUUUCUUUAAUUUCAGAAAUAUGUAAAGAUGAAGGAAUUAAUUUUGAAAGAACCUAUGUAGCAGAUGGACAGCCAGUUUAUGUCACCUGCCCUUUGAUACUGGAACUCACUGAACUUAAUUUUAAUAUUUCCUGGUACAGAAAUGACUCCCAAAUUCAAAUGAGUUUUGACAAUAAGUUAAGAGUUCAUCAAGACGAAAACCUUCUCAAGUUUAUUCCUGCAAGUUUGGAAGAUUCAGAGUAUUAUAUGUGCAUUAUCAGGUAAAUUUAUUAAAUUCAACACUAUCCACCUGAAGCAACAUCACCCCCCUAUUUAAAGGAACACUAGAACAUUUGGAACACAUAGAUAUUCCUAACACUGUAGUGUUCCCUUAUCUAUUUAGUUACCUCCUCUUUCCUAUGAGAGUUUAAAAGGUAUCGCGCUGUGCAGGUCUCACUAUGGCUGCUAUGCCACCCUGGCUGAGAUCUUCAACAUUGAUAAUCUCAGCUAAUCACAAGCAUUGGGUGGCUAGUGUGCAUGCUCAGCAAAUCGCUGUACUCCUCCAAUCUAAUGCUCUGUAUGAGCAGCAUGUGAUUGAGAAAAGCCUGACUUAAUUCUCACAUGGGAAGCACCUCUAGUGGCGGUAAGGAAGACAGACACUAGGUUUACCCUACAGUUUCUAAAGGGCCUCUGCACCAAGGCCACUUCAUUAGUUGUCAUUUUAAUGUUGGAAAAUAAUUUCUAUGAUUUUUCUAAAAUGGACCUUUUAGAGGAAUGCUUCCACUACAACGUUUUAGCAAUACUUUUUGUGUAUAAUUGGAAGGCAAUGUGAGGUAUAGUGAAGUCAAAUAAGUUGGACUCAAAGUUCUCCCAAUUGCUUUUUUUUCGCACAGACCCCCUUCCCAUGGUGAUUACUCUGCUUGUGUGGUUGUGCCUGGAAAUGGGUAGCUGGCAUGCACAUAUACAGUAUUUGAUGUUCUCCCUCCAUGGUGCCCAUCUUCACUGCCGUUAAGCUAGUUCAGCUCCUGGUGGUUUCACCUAUUGGUAGCCUCUUCAGUAGUGCACUCUCUCAUGCUCUUACAAGCCUACAAAAUGUUGAUCUAUUGCAGGAUGUGAAAGUUGCUUUCCCUCUUCCACAUUUUUCCCCAAAUCAGCUGUUCAAUUAGACAAAGUAGUCCCUACACACAGUCAACAAAAGCCUUUCGUAAAGAAUCGAUCAUUAUGAAAUGUUCAAAAGUGACACUGGGCUUUAUAAUCUAGCUUAAAUUGGAUGUGUAAUAUGCAUUUCCCCCUUCUGUGUGUGUCUGUCUCUUCUGGUGAUAUUAAAAGUACAUUUUUAAUCUAUUGCUGUCUAUUUUUUGGCAUUCUGUGGUUGGGGUUCUAUUUGUGUGUGUGUGUGUAUGUGUAUAUAUAUAUAUAUACACACUCACACACAAUAUAAAAAUAUAUAAUAUAUAUUUUUAAAGUUUAAAUGUUGUUUUUGUUUAACGACUAUUUUGUAUUUCAUACAGAAACACCACACAUUGCUUCCAAAAGCUAGUAAAAUUAGAAGUGUUUAAGUAUGAUGACGGCUUGUGUUACAGCAGCUCAGCAUUGUAUGUAUUCAAAGAUUUGAUGGUUCAGACAAUCAAUAUACGUUGCCCAGAUUUGGAAAAUUAUAUUGAUGCCAAGAGUCGUAAGCUUAAAUGGUUUAAGGUAAUUGUUCAUUUAAGUAAAAAAAAAUGUUUUUUUUUUUUUAUUUUCCAAGUCAAAUAUGGGUGAAUUUUGAAGGUGUUUUUAAAUGUAUGGUUAUAAGAUUUGAUUAUCUACUAAAUUGAAGUUUAAGGCUUAUACAUUUAAUACAAGAGUUAUAUUUGUUUGCGAUUUGUGCUGUCUCUAUAUACAUUUAUCACAUUGCAUACCCAUGUAAAAUAUAUACAGUAAAACACCAAAAAAUCCAGGAUAAGUUAACUCUGAUUAAAAAAAGCAGUCCUCAUAUGAAACAGGAUGUGCUUUUUUUUUUAUUUUAUUUUUUUUAUUUUUUUCAUAAUGCCAGAUUAAGGAGAAUGCUAUUUGUGCUCUAGACUCUAUCCUUCUGGUGUUUUAUAGUUGGGUGGUUGACUCACAGUAUGCAGUAGACUUGUGCAUUUGAUUUCAAACGAACUGGGAUUCAUCAGAAUGUUAGACUAUUUAUGGUCUGUCUGAAUUACGUUAUUUCAAAACGCCAUAAGGCCGUUUCACGAACAAACGAGUUGGACAAUAGACAUGUUUGUUUGGUUUGUGAUCUGGAGUUCCUUCCAUGUCACAAGAAAAAGAGAAAUGUGGGAAAAAAAGAUGAUCAAUGGUUAGGGGACAGCCACUUAAUGUUAAUUUUAUUCACAGGUAAAAAAGGAGCAGUAAAAAAAAUAAAUCUAUUAUAUUUAAUAUAUGAAUAUUGAUUUCUAGUCACUUUUUCCUGACGUGAUCUUUGAAUGGUGCAAAAAUACAGUUUACUGCAAACUAUGUGUAAUCUGUAUUUUCACCUUCUGUGUGUGUUAUCUGUGUCUUUUUUUUUUUAAAUUUUUUUUUUUUUUUUUUUAACCUUUUUGAAUCUAUUAUGAAGCUAUUUUUUUGGUGUUUUAUUUAAGUAUUUUGCACUAUCGGUCCUUGGGAGAUGGAACCUCAAGCCAUCCCGGUUCGUGUACUUUAUUUAUGUCUAAGAUUGAAAAUAAGUUCUGUGUUUAACAAUUUUAGCUUGUCUCCUUUCUCUAGUCCAACAGGCUACACCAGGUAGCCCAGCUGGUAUCAUUUGUAUCGAACCGUGUCUGUUAUCCUUUCCAGCCUAUUGGCUAGAAUGCUAUUUUUGAAUUAUCACUAAUAAUCCAUAUCCAGGUGUGCAUUGAUAUUCCAAUUAUAGGCCACUCCAGAUGUUGUGUAUGUAGAAAAAUUAAAUCUUAAAAUAAUAUUUCCGUGGAUUACAUCACCGAUAAUGCUGGCAAAGCAUCAGGGGAGAUGUAGUCCACAACAUGUGAAGUGCUGAAGAUUGCCUAACCCUGGCCUAGAGUUUCCCUAGGAUUUUUGACAGGGGUUUAAAUAAAGUGAGAAUUCAAGGUGAAUUCAAAGUUAAAGAUACUAUAGGCAUCAAAACAACUUUAGUUUAGUAAAACAGUUUUAGAGUAUAGAUCAUGCCUCUACAGUCACACUACCCAAUUUUCUGCUAUAUUGGUGUUAAAUCACGUUUGUUUGUGUAGCUCUACAUUUACGUUUCAAUCAGAUCUUCAUUGACUUUAAAAGUUUUUAUUCCCUGCUCUUUAAAAUGAACUUUAAUCACAUACAGGGGUCAACUGUAGUAUCUAGAAGUCUAUUAACACAGUAGAAGAUAAAGAAUUCUAAAUUAAACAGCAUGUGCAAUAAAGGUUUUUAAAAGGUUUAAACAUAAUAUCUCUGUUGGAAGGCUCUGCAAGUGAAAUGCAGGGAAGUGUGACUAGGACUGCAUAAACAUAUACCUAAAUGACACUGGAUUACUCAGUGAGACUGCAUGGGCAUGACCUUCACACUAAAACUGCGUCAUUAACCUAAAGUUGCUUUGUGCCUACAUUAUCCCUUUAGUUUCCAAUUUAAGGCCACUGAGUUGCAUAAUUUUUCAAAUUCAACUUCUCUGACUUAGAUUUGAAAUUCACAUUGAAUCCUUACUUAAGCGUAUAACUGUUAGUUAAUUGUAUAUCAUGUAAUAGAAUCCAGACAAUUUUGUUAGGCUGAAAUAGCAAAAUACAAAGUAUGCUUGUGAAACCCACCCGCAGAUUUAUCAAGGCAAAACAUGUGAUAUUCUGGUGCAGAGAGUAAAUAAGCAUCACCUAAGCGACCAACAGAAUGUCUCUCGACAAUUUUGUAAACUUUUUUUUUUUUUCUUGCAGGAUUGCACCCCUUUGGCUAGCAACACUGAUAAAUAUUUUUCAGUAGACAUUUUCUUAACUAUUAAUAAUGUGACACAACAGGAUGAAGGAAAGUAUACGUGUGAGGCAUCUUUUUAUUAUAAUGGUGCAAGCUAUACCAUUUCACGUACUGGUGAUCUUGUCUUAAAAGGUAAUUAUAAUUUUAACGCCCUAAAGGACAAGUUUUUUUGUUUUUUGUUUUUUUGUUUUUUCUUUGUUUUUCACGUAAACUGGUUCUGUUACCUCAAACUUACCUUUCUCCUACUGCCUCUGCUUCCCUUCUUUCAGAAUCUGUUCUACCUUUCUUUAUUUUUGAUCUGUUUCUCUUUAAAACAUAUGUAUUUGUCCCACGCUUGACAAUAGUGACAAGGGGGUGGAACGUAAGGCAAGCUCAACUUCAAGCUAACAAAGGGUGAAGCUUGUGUUAAGCACCAUCCUUUGUCAAGAUUGACAAGUGUGGGGAAAAAUACUUAAGACAAAGUAGUCCCUAGUUCCCUUCCAGUUCCUGCUAGAGUUUGUCCAACAUGUACUGGGCGUCCUGCGUAAUCAGCAUGUCAUGGCCUUGUGUGCGUGGUCACGUCAUCGCAAGUACAUAGUAGUCCCUGUUAGUGAAUUUCAUAUUUAAGGUCAAAAUGGCUAAAUUGGAAACAUUCUCUUAAAGGCCUUGACUUAAUUCUUCUGACAGUCAAUUUUUCCAAUUUUAGAAUAGAUUUAAUCCCAGCGAUUAAAGUCGACAAAUGUGCGUAUUUUGUUUAGCUGUAGUGGCUUAGUCACUACUAACAGGGGGACCAAGCACUAGGCCCCCAUGACCUCACUAUUUAAAAAAAGAACUGGGGAGGACAUACUAUCACCCUUGUUUUCUUAAAGUGAAAGUAUAUUAAAAUAAUUAAAAGGGGGUAUAGUAUUGCCCAUACCACACCCAUGGUUGGCGUGUGGGAACUCUAAUAUUACCUGCUAGGAGAUCUAAUGACCACCACCAAUGUGUGGUAGAUUAUAAAAAUAUUAUAAUGCUCCCAUCUUUUGGCAGUGGGUGGGGGCUAUUAAUAAUAGGGAGACCUUAUUUUUCCCCGACAUGUACAAAUAUAAAGGGAUACAGCGGUUUUAACCUAAAAUAACAACACAUAGUGUAAUAAAGUUAUUGGCAUGUAUAAAAACAUGCUACUGGUAGCACUCACAGAAUGGAAAUAGUCAAAGUACCUUAAGAGUGCCGCCCCCUAGUCCAUAGGGGAGGUUGUGGAAAUCCACCUCACGUCUUAGGAACACAGGAACCAGAAGGAUGCAGGAAUCAAAAGGUAUAAACUAACUGGUGUAGUGGGUGUGUUUCUAAUUCGUUCCACGAUUGGAGCUGCCAUUAUACCCGUCAGUUGCUUCAGGUAGUUCAUUCCGCUCAGCUGUUCUCGCUUCAUGAUCGCAAAGAUGACGUUUGUGUUUCACGGAACACUUCCGUGUGUUCCAGGGAUGUCAUUUCAUCUGUAUAUUCAGUAAGUAGUUGCGAGUGCGUGGUAAUGUUUUUUUUCGUACUUAACCAUAUGACAGUAUUUCAAAGUCCUCUUACAGGAAAAACAAAUGAUGUAAAUGGUGAACAGAACACUACAAGAAGAAAUGUUUAUUAGAGCCCAUAUUCCUCGUUAAUCAUGUAUAUACCAAUAAAAUGAAAUGUAACCUAACUGUAAAUUCACUUACUCCUUAGAUAGGAUUUAUAAGAGUGCAAAAAAUUUAAAAUAUACCGUAUAUACUCGAGUAUAAGUCGACCCGAAUAGAAGUCGAGACCCCUAAUUUUACCCCCAAAAAUUGGGAAAACUUAUUGACUUGAGUAUAAGACUAGGGUGGGAAAUGCAGCAGCUACUCGUAAAUUUCUAAAUAAAAUUAGAUCCCCCCCAAAAAUUAUAUUAUUAGAAUAUUUACUGUGUGUGUGUGUAUAUAAUGAAUGCAGUGCGUGUAUAUAAUGAAUACAGUGUGUGUGUAUGUGAGGCAGAGCCUUGUUGGGGGGUGGGCAUUUUUUAUAUUUCAAUUUUUUUUAUUUUUUUAUUUUUUUUCAAAUAUUAAUAUUUUUUAUGUUUUUUUAUUUUUUAUUUUUUGGUUUUUUUUCCGGCCCCCUCCCUGCUUAAUAUCUGGCCAGGGAGGGGGGCUCUCAUUCCCUGGUGGUCUAGUGGUGUGCACUGUGUAGGAGGGGGUUGGCAGGAAGCGUUUACUUACCUUUCCUGCAGCUCCUGUCAGCUCCCUUCUCUCUCCUUCGGUUCGGUCAGCUCCACUUCCGCGCGGAGCGUUGCCACGGUAAGCUGUGGCAAUGCUCUGACCUCGUGGCUCUCGCAAGACUUGCAGGGGGGAUGACAGGGAAGCUGACCAGACCGUAGGAGAGAGAAGGGAGCUGACAGGAGCUGCAGGAAAGGUAAGUAAACGCUUCAUGCCAGCCCCCAACAGGACCGCCGGUCUUGUAAUGAACCCCCGGCGGUCAUUGUCUGUAUUAUGGCAAUGUAAGUUGCCAUAAUACAGACACUCACUCGAGUAUAAGAUGAGUGGGGGUUUUUCAGUACAAAAAAUGUGGCGAAAAACUCGUCUUAUACUAGAGCAGGGGUAGGCAACAUUUUAGCAGCACUGUGCUGAAAUAGGAUUGUGAAGUCCCGGAGUGUGCCAGUCCUAUUAUUUUCAAUUGAGGUGUGUAUGUUGCCUUAUACUGCAGUUGCUUUGUAUCGUUGUAUUUGUGCAUAUAUGAGCUAUUAUAUUGUAUAUGUUCAUGAGUAGUUUGUUGUAUCGAGUAUGAUACCUAUGUAUGGGGGCUGCUUGUGGAAUUGGGUUUGUGUGUGUGUGGAUGGAUGUCACAUUGUGUGUUUGGUAGUGUGAGUCUGUUUGGGGUAUUGCAUGUGAGAGGCUGCUUGUGGGGCGGUGUAUGUGGAUUGUCAGUGGUGUUACGUUUGUGCGGAUUGUGCAUUUGUCUGUGUGUGGGCUGUACAUAUUAUUUGUAUGAGGGAAGGGUUAUUCUGCAGCUCUGUGUAUAUCUAGCAGUGUGGGUGGCUUCCCUGGGUUCCAGUGGGGACCAGGACGGACAGGAGCUGCAACAGCAGCUGUGGGCUGCUGUGCUAAAGUGUGGAUUCCUAUUCACAAGUGCUGGGAGGAAGUGAUCACUUCCUCUAUGUGCUGCAAUGCAUAAAUUGAGGAUUGCCCUUCACAACCUUUUUGUAUUCGCAGAUAUUUGAAGUUUCCCUGGGACUCAUGAUAGGCCAGAGCCUGUUUGGCUCUAGCAGGAUUGAGUGCCGUGCAAAGAUACCUCGAGUGCCGUGCAUGGCACACAUGCCGUAGGUUGCCUACCCCUGUACUAGAGUAUAUAUGGUACAUAUUCACAAAAUACAUAUCAAAUAUAAAAAUACAUAAAUACACCCACAUAUUUUGUUAGCAUAAGGCAAUUAACUGUUUUGUUAUAGGAUCUCUGUUUAAAAUUUUUUAAAUUAAACAAAUCAAAUCUAUAUCCACAUUUAACCCAUUCGGCUCCAGUGUCUGCAGCCUAUGUAUCCAGUAGGUUUCCCUCUGGGAUAACUUCUUAACUCUUCCCACUCCCCUCCCUCACCCCCCCCCACCCCCCCACAAUGGGGGAGGAAACCUACUCAUGAGGUUGUCAUAAUUGUAAAGCAUGUACUUUCUAGAGGUUGUCAUAAUUGUAAAGCAUGUACUUUCUAGAGGUUGUCAUAAUUGUUACGAAUAAGUACGAAAAAAACAUUACCAGGCAUGCGCAACUACUAACCGAAUAAACAGAGGAAAUGACGUCCCUGGAACACACGGAAGUGUUCCGUGAAACGCAAACGCCAUCUUCGAGAUCGUGAAGGGAGAACAGCUGAGCAGAAUGAACUACCAGAAGCAACUGACUGGUAUGGUGGCAGCUCCAACUGUGGAGCGAAUUAGAGCGGGAAUUAAGCGGGUUUUUUAACUGCAUGUUUUCAUUGCAUGAAAUUGUUUUAAAUUGAGAAGGUCCCUGAGGAAGUUCUAUGUUUAGAACGAAACGUGUAGGACCGCUGUUUUCUUAUCAAUAGUUUAUACCUUUUGAUUCCUGCAUCCUUCUGGUUCCUGUGUUCCUAAGAAGUGAGGUGGAUUUCCACAACCCACCUAUGGACUAGGGGGCGGCACCCUUAAGGUGCUUUGACUAUUUCCAUUCUGUGAGUGCUGCCAGUAGCAUGUUUUUAUACAUGCCUAUAACUUUAUUACACUAUGUGUUGGUAAAACCGCUGUAUCCCCUUAUAUUUGUACAUUCCUGUUUGAUGUGGCAUCCAUGUGGGAAGGCUGCAGAGGGAAGCUGUUAAGUUACAUGUAUAAUACUUAUUUUUCCCCAGCCCACACCUGUGGGUGGCAGGUGGGAGCGAUAAACAAAUAUACAUGAUUGCUCCUCCCUCCUCAAAAAAAAUAAAGGCAAGUUUAAACCACCCAACUACCUUCCGAAAAACUGCAGAUUUAAACAUGAACAGUUGGAUGUAAUCAAGCUCUGUCUGCUUUCAGUUCAAUUAUUCUGGCAUUAAGUUUGGAUUCUUACUUUAGUAUAUUGACCUUCUGGUACUUCAGUUAUCAGUUUUUUUUGUUUUUUUUUUAAUAUAUAUAUGUGUAUAUGUAUGUGUGUGUGUGUGUGUGUGUGUAUAAAUUAUUUUGUGUAUUGAUAUCUUUGUUUUUACCUUUUUGUGAGUUAUGUUUUUCUACAUCUAUUUAGGGCAAUAUUAGAGGGCAGAGAUAUGUUGUACCUUUUUGAUUUCUCUGAUAUUUAAAGCUAAUAGCAUGCAUCUAUUUCAGCAUUACCAAUACAAAGUUCUCCUGCCAUCAUAAGGCCAACAAACAACAUUUUGACUGUUGAGUUGGGUGAGUAUUUUAUUGUAUAUCAUUGUCCGGGUGGUUGGGUCAGCUCAGGAUGUAACUUUAAUAUAUGUAUACAUAAUAUGUAUAUAUUUAGGUUUUCUUUUUAGAUCUUGUUACACACAAAAGGUGCAAUAUUUUGAGUAUGUGGUUUUCUCCCCCCACAUUUUAAAAAAAGUGUUCUAUAUUUUAGUUGACCUAGUCCUUUAAGUUAAAAGAUAAGCCAGCUGGGUACUACGAGUUAAUGAUGCUGUCGGAGGUGAUGUGACACCUUUGGCAGCAAAGAGCUAUAUGUCUUUACAUUUAAUAUGGAAACGCUGCACCUACAGGGUUCAAACACCAUGAACACUUUAAAUUACUAAAAUAGUCAUUGUGCUUGAAAUUAUCCUAAACAAACUUACUCCCUCGAUGCUGCAGUCCCACCCUUUAGCCCUCUCACCCCCCCUUCCCCCACAACAUUUUUGGCCAUGGGAUCGGUGCAACUUACUAUUUUCAAAAUUGUGCUUGUCCCACUAAGAUGGUGGUGGCCAGAUUGCAUAAGAGUCAACACCUAACUCCAUGAUGUGCUGCUCCCAGAAGUGACAUUGCACUGAAUGGAGGUGAGCACAGGUUUACCAGCCAUUGACAAAGCUCACAAAGGCCAUGGAGUCAAACUGCAGGAUAUGCAUGUAUAACUUUGAAAAUAUACAGAGUUAAAAACACCAAUUGGGUUUCUGGCCGACCUUCCUUGCUCGCUAAUAGAAUUAAAGUUCACCUUUUAUUCCAGUGCUGUCUGGUUUUGCAGCCUCUGGCCCCGCCCAUGUCUUCCUUCUUGGCUGACAUCAGAAUCGAUUUAUCUAAGCCAAUUCAAUGCUUUCCUAUAGGAAAGCAUUGGAUUGGCUGAGCUUGCAAAUUAUGAUGAUCUCAGCCAAGUAGGUGGGUUGGGGGAGGAGUCAAAUGACAUACUGGCUAAUCAGCAUCUCCUCCUAAAGAUGCAACUGAAUCAACGCAUCUCUAUUAGGAAGGUUCAGUGUCUCCAUGCAAAGUAUGGAGAUGCUGAACAUCAGUGCUCCACAUUGUGACCCUAGGCAAUAAUGUAAACACUGCCUUUUCACAGAACUGUUCUGUAUGUGUCUGUUAGAGAUUCCUUUAGUAAUAAAAGUGGAUUUAUUUUAAACCAUGCCAUGAAAUGUAUGAAUAAAGGGGAGAAAGGAGCAAAUCAGUGUUCAGAAUUGUAUAUUUAUCAAAAUCCAGCAUAAAUAAAAUAGAAACUUUUUUUUUUUUUUUUGUAUUGUAGGAUCCCCAGUGAGUCUCGUCUGUGAAGUGCUAUACAAAAAAAAAGUAUUUGAAGUAGACUUUAUAUAUUGGUCGUUUGAUGAUAAUUGGAUUGAUGAUUAUGAUGGCUUCAAUGAAAGGGUUAUAAUUGGACUUCCAUAGUAAGUAUACUUUAGUUUUAAUUUACUCUAAAUAACUUGCAUAAUGGUAACCAACAAAAUCGUAUGUGGUAUUUAAGAUAUGCCGAACUCCUAAUAAAAACACUUCAUACUGACAAAUUUGUGGCUCCUGAUAUAAAAAAAAAUAUAUACUUUUUUUUUCCUACUGUUUUUAAACAGUCAGCUUCCCAUUCAGUGUGUUUUGGUAAAGCAGGUAUUUUUUCUUAUUAAAUUUUUUGUUUUGUCUGCUUAUCCUGUAAAUUGAGGAUCUAUGCCUGGCUAAUGAUGAUGAUGAUGAUGAUGGGGUUGGCAUCCCAUUGUAUGUAUGCUGACACCCCAUCUCUGCAAACGUUGAUGCUAUUACCGCCCACCUGGUUCCCCUCUUCUCUUCCAUAACCAUUUUGCUGCCUGGCAUCCCUACUUCUUUCAAAUAAUAUUCCAUCCUUAAUUUUUGAAGACUUCAGCAUUCCUAUCAAUUCGCUCCUAACUGCAGUAGCCUCACAACUACCUUAAAUUUUUUUUUCUCCCUUGGACUAUCCCAGUGGGUUGAUUCUUCUACUCAGCUGGCAACAACCUCAAUCUUAUUUUUUCAGAUGCGUGCACAGUCUCUAAUUUCUUUAACCCUCUAUUUACUCUCUCAGAUCACCACCUGAUAUCUUUUGUUUGGAAUGCCCCCUCAUGCAACAUAAUCAACCUAACCCCCCUCAACUCAGGAGAAAACUGAAUUUUCUUGACCUCCAGCAACUGUCAGUUGAUGUCCAUUCCUAACUCUUAUCCACCCCUAUCUUAUACUGACCCUCUCUGGCUAUUUCCUUCCACAACAUUACCCUCACCUCUGCCCCGAUCCAAGCACAUACCUCAAGGAGGACACUCCUCCAACCGUGGCACACUAAGUUAACCCGUUACCUACAGAGAUGCUCUUGUUCAGCUGAACAUUGCUGGAGGAAGUCUCACACCUUGUCAGAUUUUCUCCAAUAUACAUUUUUGCGCUACUGGUCAAGAGGUGACUGUUUCUCCUUUCCUCUCGUCUCACUACUGGUCUGCUUGAUCCCAUUCCAUCCCACCUUAUCUCGCUACCCUUGUCUUGUGUCAUUCUUAACACAUAUCUUGAACUGCUCUCUUCUGGCAUUGUUCCUGCUAUACUUUAACAUGCUACUGUCUUACCUGAAACUAUGUUUACAUGUGAAGGGUUAAAACCUGAGGGACCUGGUACUCAGACAACCUCAUUGAGCUGAUGUGGUCUGGGUGACUAUAGUGUCCCUUUAAUUAAAAAAACAUAAAAAUAAUAAUAAUUUAAAAUCAUGAGGAAUGGAUUAUUAUAGUAAAACAUAGUGUGGAGGUGACCGCUGUCCUUUAAUGUGACAAAGUGAGGUUGUGUUAUUACAGAGGAAGAUCCAGUUAUCUGACUACAACCAUUUCUUUCAUGGCCAUGCAAAAAGUCUCUCUGAUCCUCAUUAUACCUUGAAAUUCUGCUUUCCCACAUGCAUAGUUGAGUUUUACAUGAAUAUAGUACAAUUACCAAAUUAAGUAAAGUGAGAAAAUUGUAUUCAAAAUAAUGUAAAGUUAAUCCCUAAAAUAUAUUGUUACAAAUAGGCUUUGCUAAAAUGCAUUCCACCCCCUUUGAUGUGUUCCACAAUUUAUAAGCUUUAUAUUAAAGCAGCGUUUAUUAUUUUAUAGCUUAAUAUUUCUUCUCUUUGUAUUUUAGCAAUAAAACUACAGACGAAGGCUAUGUGUCUAUCCUUGAGCUUAACUUUACAGAAGUUAAAAAAGAUGACUAUGGGAGAAAAUUCAUUUGUACAGCCUAUACUGGAGUAAAUCCUAUAGCCUAUGUUAUGCUUAAGCAUCCAGGUAAGUUGUCAAUUUAUUUGGUUUAUAUACCUGCUGAAUAAUCUAUAUCUAACAUACUAAACAUUACUCAUGAUUUUAAUUGUCAGGGCACACACCAGCCAAAAGAUCAAGCACAAUCAAAGGUUCUUAAACAAACUAUUUUUUUUUCUUCUUCCUUUUAUUGGAUGAGUUCUUGUGAAAUGUUGAUCACUCGUACAAUGAAGGAAGAAAAGUAUUAGUUAUAGAUAUGCUUUUUUACAAAAAGGAUAAACAUAAAAAUCAUAUAUAAUGCAGUUGAAACUGAAUUCUAUUACUAUGUAGAAGCACAUAAUGUAUAGCCAAGUGCACUCAUUUAAUCUCCAUAAGUACACAUGCCUGUGCAAAAAUGCUCGGAGACUGGUUGUCCUGCAGCCCUAUAAGUAUUCUCUGCUUUGUGUACACUAGUAUGCCUGCAAUAGAAAUACAAUAUCCAAAAGCAACAGAAUGCUGUGUCCCAUUCUCUAAACAUUGUGGGGUGCACAAUAGGUGUUUGGGGUGAGUGGGGAGGAGUAGAUAGAUGGCUGUACAUGCUAAUUAAUUUGCUAUGGUUGGCAUAUUUGAAGAUUUCUUUGCGCUCCAGGUAAGUCUUUUUUAAAAAUAAAAUAAUAAUCAUAAAGUGUGUGUGUGUGUAUAUGUGUGUGUGUGUAUAUGUGUGUAUAUGUGUGUGUGUGUAUAUGUGUGUAUAUGUGUGUGUGUGUAUAUGUGUGUAUAUGUGUGUGUGUGUGUAUGUGUGUAUGUAUAUGUAUAUGUGUGUGUGUGUGUAUGUGUGUAUGUAUAUGUAUAUGUAUAUAUGUGUGUGUGUGUGUGUGUGUGUAUAUAUAUAUAUACACACACAUAUGUAUGUGGGUGUGUGUGUGUGUAAUUUCACUAUGUAUACAUUAAAUGUAUUAAACUAGUUUGUUCUGACCUGUUAAUCACAUCUUUCCUCUAAAAAAAAGUCGAAGCACCAUAACUACUACAACCCACAAUAGUGGUUAUGGUGCCGGGAGUGCCCUAAUACAUUCCCACGGUAAAUAGUCAAACUGUUUUUGAGAAUAAAUCAACAACUAACUUUGGUUGCAGUGGUCAUUUCUGUUAGCUGCUGUGCAUGGCCAGCUUAUGGGUCAAAAUCAUCAGUUGAGCUCAGUUCAGGAGCUUCUAUAGGCACAGGAGGCCCCCAUGUUUGACUAAUUACUCUGGGAUGGUGCCUGGGUGCCACUGGUACCAUAGCCACUAAAGUGGGCUGUAGUGUUUAUGGUGCUUGUAGUUAGUGGUGUAUUCAGGUUUGGUGCUGUCCUAGGCAUGACAAAACUCAGGCGCCCCCCCCUCCCUCCAAAUUUAUCUUUCUGACAGAUACACGCCUUCACUGAUGCAUGCACUGACAUACACUCACAGAUAGUCAUUGUCACACACAUUGUUUAACCAACUCACACCGAAACAAACCUUCACAGACAUACACAUUCACAGAUACACACUUACUCAUUCACAGUUACACACUGUGACGGGCCUCACGAUCCUUCUGACUUUUUGGGUUUUAAGCAGGAGGUGUCAGAAAAGUUACACUUUUUAUACAUUUUUAUAACUUUGUGAGUUUACAGCGUACAUACAUAAAACUUAUAUUAUUUUAACCAGUAUAACUUGGGGACAAACAUCCAAAAUUCAUUUGAAUAUUUUCAGGGAUUUAAGUUAGGUCGAAGUCCUUUAUCACUUGCAAGCAUGGCUUUUCCUGCCCAAACCAGUUCCCAAUGGUCUGGCAGUGUCCCUGGGACAACACCCUGCUGGAGAACAAUGGAGCUGGGGGAGGGGAAGAGCCGCACCUUCCCAGGGAUUCAAAGGGGAAGAAAAAGGUGUCCAAAAAGUUUCAAUAUGUCCAUACACUGUUUUUAAAGGGCCAGCACCAUACAAUAAAAGUCCAUAAGUCCAAAUGCUAGUUUAAACGGGUACAAUCUCCCAGAGGCCAUAGUUGCAGGGCAGGAGGCUGGCAAGCAGGCCUCUCCAGGACCAAAUGGUGAAGUGCACUUCCUCACACACACUUACAGUCACCGACAGAAACACAUGUACACUAACUGACAGAUACGCAUUAACCGAUUCACAUGCACACUCACUGACAAACACUGAUACACUCAGUGACAGACACACAGUCACUAACACAUACCAAGUAAAACACACUCUCUAACAGACACACACACAUCACUAGCAGACACACACCAACACACACUCUAUAAGACAUACUAACACUCACUAACACACACACUAACACACAUAAUAAUUUUAAAUCCAUCCAGCCUUUGGGAGUGCUGGAGUGGAUUUUUCAAUCUGGUCCAGUGGGGCUGGCUGCAGCUUUGCGGGUGGUUGGGAGGUCUGGCAGACAGGUGAGCUGGGGAAGCGGGUGGCGAGGGAGCUCUGAUCUUAGUGAUGUCGGGGCUGGAGUGACGUCAUGCUACGGCAUCACUGCAGGUGCACGAGGGAGCUGAGCUGGUAAAGAUUAGGGGAGAGUGCUCCCUCGCCGCCCGCAUGUAACAUUAGCACAUGCCUGCCUCGGGGGGCCCUAAGGUGGCCAGCUCCUGGUCCCCCAGGACAAGAGGCUGGCAAGGCAUUUGCCAGGGCAUUGGGGGUUGUAUGUUUUUUUUUUUUGGUGCCGCCUUAAGCAAAUGCCUUGUCAGCCUCGCGCUAGAUACAACGCUGCUUGUAGUGUUUAAAGGUUUGCUUUGCUGUUCAACAGUGUCAAUUUUCUCUACCUUGCUGCAGAAUCUCAAUAAUUUUUUUUAAUUUGAUAUUUGCUGUGACACUACUUUUUUUUUAAAUUUUCUAUGCUGCAUUCUUUAAAGGAGCAGUUUAUUAUGUUUGCGUGUAACUGUGGUUUCUCUUAUUGCUUACAGAUCCUAAUUUGCAGGGCUUCUUGAUUGCAUUUUUUCUAUCAUUGGUGUUUGUCGUCAUUAUCCUUUUAAUACUAUUCAAGAUUUUCAAGGUGGACGUCGUUCUUUUUUGUCGCAGCGUCAGUCUCUCAAAAGCAAGUCUGAAAGGUAUAUUUAAUAUUGAUUAAUGGAAUACUAGAAUUUAAACGCAUAAAUCACUGUGAUCAAGUUGUGACUCCCAAAACGUGUAUAUUAAAAUAUUUAAGAAACAUACCAGACCCCCCCCCCCCUUUACUUGAUUAUAAUGCUUCCCAAAAUAAAAAAAUAUUGUGAGAAUGUACAUAUUAUUUUAAGCAUGCUUCAGCCUUUUCAUUUUUAUUUAUUUAUACUUUCUUUUAGAUGGGAAGUUCUAUGAUGCUUAUAUUAUGUAUCCAAAAGAUACAAAAGGAACCAGCUCCUUCACUAUGGAUGUCUUUGUAUUAAAAGUUCUACCUGAGGUUUUGGAGAGGCAAUGUUCUUACCGGCUCUUCAUAUUUGGCCGCGAUGAUAUACCAGGACAAGGUGAGCAUUAUGAGUUACCAAGCAAGUGUCUAUUAUUAUAGAAUUCCUAACUGCAGAAGUGACAGAUGGGACCCAGACCUGUGUUCCACCACUAUUUAGUCACAUUGUUAAUUUGUUCUUCAAACACUUUAUGUAACUAUUGUUUCAUAACAAAACUGAAACAAGCUGCUAUGGAAUUUAGACUUAUUCAGCACGAGUAGAACCUGAUAGAUAACUCUUUGCCCCAAGAUUACAUGAACCUAUAGACCACCGUGCGUAUUCUCUGUUUCCUAGAGAGCAUGUAACUUUUAGCUUAUAAAGUACAUUUUAAAAAUGUAAAUAAUAAUACUAAAAAAGUAACAGUGACCAUAUAUGCAGGGUCAUCGUCCGAAAAGGAUUACUGGCACUGAUCUGAUAACAGGACCCCUUGAGCACUGUAACCAGACAGCCCAGCCAUAGAAAAUCAGUUACACAGAGAGGGCCCCUUAUCAGAUCAAAUUGGCGAUUCCCUUUGAAAUUGUGCUGGGAGGAUUAAUGACAUACCACUUUAUUCCAAUAUAAGGAUGCCCCCAGAGAUCAAAUGGAGUCAGCUUCCCUGGAGCCAUUUACUGGUUCACUCUUGAUAGACCCUUGUAAGUCAAUUAUCCUGCACUCAAAAGGGUGUACAACUCUGCACAAAAAAAAAAAAAAAGGGUGGCCUAAGCAACAUUUCUAGUAUGUGUGUAACAGGUUGUGUGGCAGAGUGUAUGUAAUAUAUAUUUAUAUAACACACACUCCAAUUGAAGAAUUCAGUCUGUUUAUUUUGCUUCUGUUCUAGUGUUUAGUGAUUUUUUUUAUUUUUACUUUUUCAUUUCAGUUGCACUACUAACAAGUGAGGGGGGGGGGAUUAAAGGAACAAACUUGUAUUCCUGACCCUAUAGUGUUAAAUUUAGGUGGCUUGCCCUCCCCCUGUACCUUAGAAGGGGUAAAACUCAUCUUUGUUUGUCCUGCACCCGAUCCGCCUCCUUGAUGACAUCAGAAUUAACUUUUUUUUUGCCAAUCCAAUGCUUUCCCAUAUUGAACACAUUGGAUUGGCUGAAAUCUGCAAGGAGGUGGGAUGGGGUUGGGGAUAAAUUAUGUUUUGGCCAGUCAGUACCUCCUCAUAGAGAUGCAUUGGUUCAAUGCAUCUCUAUGAGGAAAAUUCAGGGUCUCCAUGCAGAGCAUGGAGACGCUGAAAGGCAGUGCUGCCUACUGUGCAGCACUGCCCCAGGAAGCGUCUCCAGUGGCUAUAUGAGAAGUGGCCACUGGAGGUGUCCCUAGGAGGCAAUGUAAACACUGCCCUUUCUCUGAAAAGGCAGUUUGCAUGAAAAUGUCGGCACGGAAUGAUUAUACUCAUCAGAAAAAGUACAUUAAGCUGUAGUUCUGGUGACUAUAGUGUCCCUUUAAGUGUCUAUAAUAAUUGGGUUCUCUUAAACUGUCAAAAGGCUAGAUGUUGAGAGAUGUUCUUCUACUAGCUUGUCUUCCUAGUACAUAUUCUCUAAGAUAGUGUAACUGUAGCAUGCAUAUUAAGAUAAAAUUGCCGAACAGUCUUACAGUCAGGUUAUUUUUUUUUUAUUUUUUUCAAUCUGAAUAUGUCUUUCUUUUUUUGCAGCCACUGUUGAUGCCAUAGACGAAGCUAUCGCUAAAAGUAGAAGACUUAUCCUUGUUUUAGGGAACACCUCUAAAGGAUUGGAGAAUGACUUUGAGCAACAAAUUGCAAUGUAUGAUGCUCUUAUCCGGAAUAAAAUUAAGGUUAUCUUGGUUGAAGUUGAAAAGAUUUCAGAUUACUCAAACAUGCCAGAAUCUAUCAAAUACAUCAAACAAAAGCAAGGUGUGGUCAGAUGGAAAGGAGAAUUCACAGAGGCAAAACUUUCCCCAAAAACAAAGUUCUGGAAAAACAUUCGAUAUCUGAUGCCUCCAGAACAGCAUCAGCUUUCAAAAGACUCAAAUUACAUAACAUCAGAAGAUGUGGAUGUGUAGCACAGUCUGUGAAGAAGAAUUACUAGAAAGUGAUCACUGAAGAGAACAGUUUUUUAUCAAUGGCAUACUACAUGACACCUGCACUUCUAAAGCACUUUGUACAGCAAUGGUUAAAAAAAAAUAAAAAAUUAUUUUUUUAUUUUUAUUUUUUUAAAGUUUGACUCCUCAUAUGUUAUGUGCGCUAUGUGCCAUACAUGAUAAAUACAUGAACAAUACUUACUUCUCCUCAAAUGUAUGUUUCACAGUUUACCAUCCAUAUUAAGGAAAAUUCCCAGGAGAUCAUGUCUAUCAUGAUACAUACAAUUUUUUGGGAUCAGAAAGCACUGUUUUUCAAAAAUGUUACAUUUAAUAAUGUGGAUGCAAUGCAAACUCUAAAACUGAAUACACAGAGCAAUUUGUAGCACCAAAAGCAGAAUAUCUUCAGUAUUUUGCUGGUGUUUAAUCAACACAAUGUUUGACGGACCUUAAGCAAUUGAGUUGUAUAUAUGAUCUGCAUGUAAAUAUUAUAAAUAUAUAGACUGCAAGGUUUUUUAAAUUUUUAUUUUUAUUUUUUUUAUUAUUGUGAAAAACACGAUAGAGUAGGUUUUUUCAGACUUCAUGGUAAUCGGAUAAUUUAGACUGCAAAUCCUGAGCAUCAGGUUCACUUUAGGAUUUUAUUUGGACCCAUAGCUUUAACUGUCAACUGAAUCUGAUACAAUUUUUCACUAAGUUAUGAAUCCAUAUCAAUCCAGAGAUAUUGAAUUGCCUGUAUGUUUAUAUUUUUUCACCCUGUGAAUCCAGACUGGAGGAAUGUUCUAUUCAACUCCCUAAUUGACAGGCAACUAUAGGAACGCCAGAUGUUGGGGACUUCAUCUCCCAUAAUGCUGACAAAGCAUCAUGAGAGAUGUAGUCCGAAACAUCUAGAGUGCCAAAGGUUGCCUGUCCUAAUUGGUGCCUUGUUAUAGCUGUAAUUUGAGUACAAUCGGCAGUACUGGUAUUUAUGAAAAUUGUUCGACUGUUACAAAUGAGAUUUAUUUUUUUUUCCUUUCCACUAAUUGUAUGACUUGCCUGGGUCAGAAAAGUCUGGAGGAAAUGCUCAAGACAGUUGAAAAUAAAUACUUUUUUUGCAAAUGGA